GCGAGAGAGAAAGGGAAAGAGAGAGAGAGAGAGAGUGGCGAGUGGGAGUCCAGAAAGACCACAACAACAGAAGGGACUGAUUCUCACCUUUGCCUUCAAUUCUACGGUUUCCUCGUUUCAUCUUCCAACAGGCUUUAACAGCUGGCUCGGAGAUGGCUGCCAGCACCACAGCCACGACUGUCCUGCCUCCAGUGAAGAGCGUGGUGGUGUAUAGGAAUGGAGACCCCUUCUAUAGUGGGCGGAGGUUUGUGGUCAACCAGCGACAGGUGGCCACCAUGGAGGCCUUUUUGACUGAAGUGACCCAGAGCAUCGGUGCUUCACUUGCCAUCAGGACCCUUUACACCCCGAGACAGGGCCACAGGGUCGCAGACCUUGAGGACCUUCAGACAGGAUCCCAGUAUGUUGCUGCUGGCUUUGAAAGGUUCAAGAAACUGGAUUACCUGAACACAGGAACGAAAAAGCAUCCUGUUGCUCGUGAAGAAAGCCAGGCCAAAAUAACCCAGAGGCCAAAUGUCUCAGCCAAAUGGAGGAAGUUUAUCCCCAUACCUUGCAUUUUACAUGUUUUCCGUAAUGGAGAUCUCCUGUGUCCACCGUUUCGAUUAAUCAUUCCUCGGAGCAUGCGGCAGGACCUGGAGCAGAUCCUCAGUCUGGUCACAGAGAAGGUCAGCUUACGGACCGGAGCUGUGCGCAGGUUGUGCUCUCUGGAAGGAGUGACUGUGUCCUCGGCUGUGGAGCUGGAGUCGGGCAACUUCUAUGUUGCCGUGGGAACCGAGAGGUUCAAGAAACUUCCAUAUGUGGAGCUGUUGGUUUCAAAAGCUACGGAGAGAUAUUAUCCAGGAAAGAGAAGACAGUUAAGGAGAAAUGAGAACAGGAAAACAGGAAGCGGUCCAGAAGACCAGUACAGUGACUCAGCUCUUCUUGACUCCCCUGAGUUUCAGUCAGACGGUCGGAGGGUGAAGUCGACAGGAGAUGAAUCUGCAGCUCCAGCAGCCGCACAGCAGAGGAUCAGGAGAGAGGGAGCAGAUGACACCUCUGCGUUCUUUGCCAGGCCGGUCAAGAUCAGCAACAACAGACGACAGCCAAGGCCACCGCUCGGCAAUGGAUCCGUCCAGCCCAGUGUGUUUAAGAGAGCGGCGAGGAAGCGAAGAGAGGAGGUACGAGGGGCCAAGGAGGUGCAUGAGGAUGAAAACACAGUUACAGAGAUUCCUGUUGACCAGAGAGUUGCAGAAAUAGUGGAGGACGAGGAACUGAACAAUCAAAACGAUUCUCUGCACAACACACAGCAGAGGCAUGCACAAAUUACAGAGGGUGAACAGCUCAAUGAGGGAGAACACCUACACAAACACAAUGGAAAACAGGCACCUCCAUCUGAACAAAACGCUGUGAAUUCUGCUAAGACUGAGGAAUAUGCUGCUGAAAUACCGGAGCCUGAGUUGCCUUCAAAGUCACGGCCUUCAUCAUCCACCUCCAUCCAUGGAAAGAACAAAGAAGAAAAGGCCGCCUUGUCGAUUGCAGUAGAACAGAACCAUCAUCAGGAGAGCUGGUGAAUGAUGAGCGCGGAUUCAUCAUGAGGAGGUCACAUCAUCACGACGAUUUCACUCCAACCCCGGGUGCAGCAGAUAACUCGGCGAUUACCGCUUCUACAGUGACCCGUUCAGCUAAAUGAAUGUUUGAUUAAAUUGAUAGUACUCUAGCUGUUGUGAUGAGCCAAGUAACAACAUUCAUUCAAGUUGGAAGAGUCAAAAAUGUGAACAUGGACACACUAUCAUAAACUCCAGGAUAAUCCACAGAAACAACUCAGUUAAAACAUUAUAUAGACAUUAGAAGCUUCCCAGAAUUAGUGUCUGUUUAUGAUAUUGUGCCCAAACUUUUGUUCAGUUCUGAUGCAGAUAUUGUGUAGAUGUUCAAUGAUGCAAUUUAUUCCGUAUGUGACAUGUACAUAAGAAACUUUGGGACCUUAUAAGCCUGAACGUCAUUUUGAUUUGCAUAAAUCAUUGAUGGAGAUCGUGAUACAAAGAGUUUUGCCAACAGUUUAUUAAUUAAAUAUCAGCCACGUCUCAAGCUGAAUAGAUGCAACAACAGCAAAGUCAUCUGUACAGUGUUUUGUGUCAAUUCAAUACUGUGAGAAUAAAAAUAUAUAUUACUAUGUUCAUUUCUAUUUCUGAAAGAUGUUUCCAGAACAUAAAACAUAUCACUCCUCACUGUUAACAACUAACUCCCUGUAAGUCUU